AUGCCGUCUGCAGUCCGAAAGCGGACGAUCCUCCUGACGAAUCAGCAGAAGGCCAGUAGCAGCCUGAUGUUACGUCACAACGCCGGCGUCUUUUACCUCGCUUCGCCUCACCACGCAGGUGUUUUAUCAUCACACGUCAUCAGAAGAAGAAAGUUCCCCGACGUGCCGAACGGGGUCCUUUUGGGCUGGUCGCUCCUGGAAACAACAGGCCAAGCCUGCCGCCUAGCGCCGCGGUGGGAGACGCGACCGCAGCCUCUGCAGGCCGGAGGGGCCAUGCGAGGCCUCGGGGACGUGGAGCCCACGGACGCGCAGGCCCGGCCUGCUGCGGGCACCUGGCCCCGGGAGGCCUGGAAGGCCAGGAGAAAGCCCCGGGGUAUAAGGACGUUUCUGAUUAGUCUAACGAGGCUCCACAGUUUACGAAAAAGGGAAAGACACCCCGCUGACCCCAAAGCCCCCAUAUCCAAGGAGCCAGGAGACCUGGAUGAAAAAUUGGAGGGACCCUGCGGCUUGGGCUGCGUAGUCGUUCCUGGCUGUCAGCGUUUUAACAACAUGCACUGCUUCCUGUUUUUCUACUGCGUCCUGGUCACCUCUCAAGCUCCGUCAGAAACGACAGUGGGUGACUCAGCAGCACACUGCUCAAGCGCUCGGGCUCUGCGCCUGCAAGAGAGAGAGAAGCAGCAGGUGACUGAGCCAGCUCGCAUAGCAUCAGCAGGAACAUGGGUCCCAGCUUUCUGCAAAAGCAGUGGUGACUGCAGUUCCAGAAGGAGCAGCAGCUCAUGCUCCAGCAACUCUGGUGGCAUAGGUAUUGUGUUUGGCCUUGUAGAUCUGAGCACUGACACUUUUCAGAAGGAAAAUAAUCUGAAAACCACUGAGAGUUAUGCAUUGUCAUUGACUUACGAUAUUUCAUCUUGCCUGAUAGUAGUGUUUAUGUCAUACUAUGGAGGGAGAGGAAACAUACCAAGAUGGAUUACAGUUUCCUCCUUUUUAAUAGGAUUUGGAUCACUCUUAUGUGCUUUUCCAUACUUUAGUGGUGGAAAUUACCAAAUGAAUGUACAAAUUGAAGAUAUUUGCCAAGAAAAGAAGAUUGUCAUUUCUUGCAAGAAAUCAUCAUCACUCGAGUCAAAAUAUGUAUCUUUCUUCAUCCUUGGGCAGACUCUGCAGGGAAUAGCAGCAGUUCCUCUUUAUAUCCUUGGAGUGGCUUUUCUUGAUAACAGUGUUGCCACCCAUUCAGCUGGUAUUUAUCUAGGCUUUGUGGAAGCUUCAGUAAUAAUUGGAUAUUCUUUGGGGUAUGCGAUAGGAGCACCCCUAAUUAAGGCUUCUGAGAAUAGUACUUUUGAGAAAAGGUAAGCUGUCAUUGAAAACAGUGAUAAUCAAUACUGGCUGCGGACUUGGUGGAUUCGUUUUGUUUUUGUCUCAAUUAUUGCAUGGUCUACGUUAAUACCAUUGUCAUGCUUUCCACACAAUAUACAAGGUACAGCAAAGAUAAAAGCCAGAAAACCUGAACAGCCUAAUUUGUUUCACAUGUUUGAAGAUCAGGAAUUUGGAACUAGUAUGAAGGAUUUAUUUGCCGCUAUUUGGAUUCUAGUGAAGAAUCCAGUGUUUUUGUGCUUAGCUCUGUCCAAAGCUUCAGAAUCUUUAAUUACUAUUGGAGCAUCUGAAUUUUUGCCUAUUUAUAUAGAAAAUCAGUUUGUAUUAACACCCAGUAUGGCAACUACACUUUCAGGACUUGUUUUAAUUCCAGGAGGUGCAAUUGGCCAGCUUCUGGGAGGUGUCAUUAUUUCGAAGUUAGAAAUGUCUUGUAAAAACCUUAUGAGAUUUAUAAUGGUUACAUCUGUUGUUGCACUUCUACUGCUUGCACUUACAAUCUUUGUGCACUGUAAUCCAGUACCAUUUGCUGGAAUCAAUGAAGAUUAUGGCAGAACAGGGCAGUUGGGAAACCUGACAGCUCCUUGCAAUUCUUAUUGUAGAUGCUCAUCUUCAUUUUAUUCUGCUAUAUGUGGAAGAGAUGAUAUUGGAUAUUUUUCUCCUUGCUUUGCAGGCUGUACACACUCUAAAACAUUUAAUGAUCUCAAGGCAUACUACAAUUGUUCUUGCAUUAAGGAAGGAUUAACAAUUUCAGAUGAUGAAGGUGAACUUGUUGAUGCUAAACCUGGGACAUGUGAUGCAAAGUGCUAUAAAUUACCUCUGUUUAUUGCCUUUUUUUUUUCUUCAAUUGUGUUUUCUGAGUUUUCUGGUGUACCAAGCACCCUGAUCAUCCUUUGGAUUGUAUCUGAAAAACAACGUGUUCUGGCCUUGGGUGUGACCUAUGUGAUUUUGAGAAUAUUUGGGACUAUUCCUGGACCAGUGAUCUUUAAAAUGAUAGGAGAAAGUUCUUGUACUUUUUGGGAUAUUGAGCACUGUGGAAAGAAAGGAAGUUGUUGGUUCUAUAACAAGACAAAAAUGGCCCGCCUUUUGAUAGGAUUAUGUUUUUCUUGCAAAAUAUUCACUGUGUUUUUUACUGCUAUUGCAUUUGUAAUAUACAAAUACUUAUUAAAGGAAAACAGUGACAUCCCACUUAUACCAGUGAAGAAUCUAAAAGUGAAAAAAAAGGAAAGAACUAAAGGACAACUGGAUCAUCACAGUGAUUGCAGAACAUCUGAGGACUAGAGUGUGAAAUAGGAAUUUCAACUUUAAAGAUUCUACUGUAUCUGUUGUUGUGCCCUACAUUCAGAAAAGGAAAAUCACAUGUGAUGUUUAACUAAGUAGUAGAAAUGUAUGUAUGGUUGUCUGCAUUUUCAUAAUAAAGUACCUUCU